AUGAUUGUCAGAUACACCAAACUACAAGCAACAGAACGCGUUCUUCACGUCAUUUGUCCAACGCAUGACACAUCCUUAUCAGUUAGAUUUGAGGACGCCGCCGAGCUGGGAGGGGCAACCCCGACGCUCUGUGACGCUCCGACGGCCGACACAAAAUGGCGGCACCCGCCCUCAGCGUCCCGCCCGCUGGUCGGGGGAGGGGCGGAGCGGCGGUACCGCAUCGGACCCGUCUCAUCUCAUCCUGUCUCCUGGUACCCGCCCUCAGCCGCGGCCCAGCAUCAGCCCGACCCCUCCUCCUCCUCCGCCUGCUGGCGAGGCGAACCAACCAAAGAGAUUAUGAAUAUCACACGUGGUUUAAAGCUUCUCAGAAGGAACUGUCUUUUCUUUCAUUUGGCUUUUACCCCAACAAAAAACUGCGUCAGAACCUGUCUUGAUAAAGGGCAGAGAUGUGUUUCAAAUGUCCCAAAUACAGAAGUAUGGAAGAGUGCACAUCACAUUUCCAAAAGGAUUUGCUCCCAGUCUCCUCAGUUGCUGAAGGAGAUCACAUCCCUCCAAAUCAGUUCUGUAGGGUCAAUCCCAAAUCAUUUUUCUGCUGGGAGCGCUCAGCUCAUCAGAUCUUUUCACACAUCGCCAUCACGUCAGGCUGCACCAUUUCCUCUUUUCUGGAUAAUCAUUAAACCUGUUCAGAAGCUGUUUGCUAUCCUUGUUGGCAGGAGCAUAAGAAAAUGGUGGAAGGCACUUCCUCCUAAUAAACGGGAGCUCUUUAAAGAAAGUGUGAGGACAAAUAAAUGGAAGAUACUCCUGGGUGUCAGUAGCUUAGGAGUUUUAUUUGUCGUGUUUUAUUUUACUCACUUGGAAGAGACACCCAUCACUGGACGUGCCAGACUGUUGGUGUUUGGAAAAGAGCAUUUGAGAGAGCUGUCACAGAUGGAAUAUUCUAUGUGGAUGGACAAGUACGAAAGCAAAAUGUUGCCUGAGACAGAUGCACGCUAUCAGGUUGUGAAGAGAGUUGUUGGACAUUUGUCUGAGAGCAAUAAGGACAUCCCACAGGUCUCAGCACUCACCUGGGCUAUCCAUGUGGUAGAUGAACCAGAAGUAAAUGCUUUUGUGCUUCCAAAUGGUGAAGUGUUUGUUUUCACUGGAUUACUAAAUGCAGUUUCUGAUAUCCAUCAGCUGUCUUUCAUUUUGGGACAUGAAAUAGCUCAUGCUGUUCUGGAACAUGCAAUAGAGAAAGCCAGUCUGGUUCACUUGUUGGAUUUCCUAUCACUCAUCUUUCUCACUAUGAUUUGGGCCAUCUGUCCUCACGAUAUAUUGGCGGUUGUUGGCCAGCGGAUCCAGAGCAAGUUGCAGGAGUUUAUUUUUGAUAGACCGUACAGCAGGACGUUGGAGGCUGAAGCUGAUAAAGUGGGACUUCAGUUUGCAGCAAAGGCUUGUGUUGAUGUAAGAGCAAGCAGUGUAUUUUGGCAACGAAUGGAAUUAGUAGAAACCAUUAAAGGGGAGCCCAAGUUGCCAGAAUGGCUCUCCACACACCCUUCUCAUGAGAAUAGAGCUGAGCACUUGGACCGCCUUAUUCCAGAGGCUCUUAAAAUAAGAGAGCGCUGCAAUUGCCCAUCUCUUUCUGGACCUGACCCUCGUCUCAUUUUCAGACUUAACAGGCAGCAUCUCCUGGAGUCGUAUAAAGCUCAAGAAUCACAAAAUUCUACAAAUCAAGAUCUCUCAAAAACAGAACUGGAUAUUCCUCACACUUAGGAAAAACAAAAAAAAAACAGAAGACAUGCCAGUAACUUUUGCAGUUAAACCUACGAACUAAUUAUGAUCGUUUUUCCAUUUUAUGAAACUCGUGGUUCCUGAAGGUCUGUCUUUUAGGGCACAUUUGUCUUUGAACCAUAAAGAUGAUCUAACUGCUCAUAUUCUAUGUUUCUUUUAUGUGAUCUUUCACUCAAAGCAAUAAAGGAGCCAUGCCCACACAAGAAGCAUCGGUUGGAGCAGAAAGUUUCUUAUUCAUUAAGGGUUACUAAAAUAAAUCACUUCUCAGGGGAAAGAUAAUCUCAUACAAUCCAGUUGCACAGUAUAAUUUUCAGCUUUAUCAGACUCACCUUGAUCAGAGGACAGAUGAGCCAGAAGUGUCCCUAAAGCAGAGGAAAAUGUGCAAUUUUCAUCACUUAAGUUGUCUGGUUUAUCUUGCCUUAAUUUGCGUUAGAUCUGUUCAGCUUCGUUUGAGAAAUAAUGAUGAGAGCUUACUGCCUGUUCCACAUAUAGAAUGUUUAAAAAUGUUAAGCUGAGAUGCAGUAAUAGCCUAUGGGCUAGAUACACCUCCACUUUAAUUAGGUGGAUUUACUGCUGGGAUUUUGUUUCUUUCUAAGGCGUUUUAGGAUAUGGAUUAAUUCGACAUUUUUCUUCAAAGCAAACCUGAAAGGCUUGCAAAAAUUUCAAUUUAAAAAUGAAGCUAAAUAAUUUUCAAGGAAGUCUUUCUUCUAAAAUACUGUGUGUAAUAUCUACAGUUUGUAGCCCCUCUAAUGCUUUGCAAGGAUGAUUGUGUUAUCAUUUAAAUUAUCAGGGUGCUUCAUCAGAGGCCAGUUUUACUGCAACUAUAUUUGAUCUGGAUACAUCACUUUGUACAGAAGUGUUAGCUGAUGUGGAAUUAUGUUAGGUAGUAGACAAAUAAAUGACUUCUUGACUCUACAGCUUUAGCAGUUGUACCUUGUUCUAGAAGGUGACUGAUCCUCAGGAACCAGCAUCUGAUGCCGGGCAUCUAAAAAAAA